GUUCUUGACAUACUGUCAUUGUCAGUGUUCUGCAGAAGAUGCUCGUUAUUCCUAGAAAGCUUAGCAACAUGUUGAUACGAAAACCGUUUGCCCUGGAAGCACAAAAGUAUCUCGCCCGAUACACUAGUUCGAGGCCAUGUGGCGUACAAGGACAGAACAAUACAGAGACAAAAAAUCCCGCCGACGAAAAACGGGACAAAACCCCACUGCACAUGUCCAGGAUGUACAAGCAAGGAGAAUGGAGACGCUACUCUCCUUUUCAAAACACCAAAGGAAUGGCUGAAUGGACAUUAGCGAGACUGGAUGAUCUGCUGAAUUGGGGAAGGAGUAGAUCUCUUUGGCCGAUGACGUUUGGUUUGGCUUGUUGUGCGGUUGAGAUGAUGCAUUUUGCUGCGCCUAGAUACGAUAUGGAUAGGUUCGGAGUGGUGUUCAGAGCCUCGCCCCGCCAAACAGACGUCAUAAUCGUAGCAGGCACAGUAACGAACAAAAUGGCGACUGCGUUCAGGAAAGUGUAUGACCAAAUGCCGGAGCCCAAAUGGGUCAUUUCGAUGGGCAGUUGUGCGAACGGCGGUGGGUACUACCACUAUUCGUACUCGGUAGUUCGCGGUUGUGAUAGGAUCGUACCUGUGGAUAUUUACGUGCCGGGAUGUCCUCCAACCGCUGAAGCACUGCUGUACGGUGUCUUGAUGCUGCAAAAAAAAGUUAAAAGGCAUAAUACUGUACAGAUGUGGUAUAGGAAGUGAAACGUGGAAUAAAGUUCUUGUUUGUUG